AUGGCAAAUACAGGCUUAUUGCCAUUUGUUCGCGGUGUCGACUUUACAUGCAAUGAUUUUAGUGGGGAAAAAUUUCCAGAUGCUAUUCGGUACAUGACUGGAUUGCAAUGGCUUAGACUUGAUAAAACAAAUUUAGAAGAAAUUCCAGAGGAAUUGGGAAAACUUAUGAAAUUGGAAAAUUUAUCUUUAAAGAAGAACAAUUUAGAAAAACUAUUUGGGGAGUUAACAGAAUUAAAAUGUUUGAGGUCAUUGAAUGUGAGGCAUAACAAUGUGAAAAGCUCUGGUAUACCAGCAGAGCUGUUUAAAUUGGAAGAAUUGACUACAUUAGAUCUUUCUCACAAUCGAUUGAAAGAAGUACCUGAAGGAUUAGAAAAAGCAAAAUCAUUGCUAGUAUUAAACUUAAGUCACAACAAAAUUGAGAGCAUUCCGCCAACACUAUUUGUCCAGUUGACAGAUCUAUUGUUUUUAGAUCUUUCUAAUAAUGCACUGGAGACACUUCCUCCUCAGACUAGAAGGUUGGCGAACUUGCAGACUCUAAUACUUAAUGAUAACCCACUUGGACUAUUUCAGUUGAGACAGUUACCCUCACUACAAAGCCUGGAGACCCUACAUAUGCGUAACACUCAAAGAACUCUUGCAAAUCUUCCAACAUCUCUUGAUACACUGUGCAACUUAUCUGAUGUGGACUUAUCAAAGAAUGCUCUUACUAAAGUUCCUGACGCUCUAUACUCUUUACAAAGUUUGAAGAGGCUCAAUCUAAGUGAUAAUGAAAUCACUGAAAUAUCUACAGCAAUGGAUAUUUGGCAGAAACUCGAAAGUCUAAAUUUAUCCCGGAACAAACUGACUGCACUGCCAGCGUCAUUAUGUAAACUACUGAACUUACGGCGAUUGCACGUUGACGACAAUCAAUUAGACUUCGAAGGUAUACCCUCGGGUAUCGGCAAGCUGGGCAACCUUGAAGUGUUCUCCGCUGCAAAUAAUGCCCUGGAAAUGAUACCUGAAGGUCUUUGUAGAUGCGGAUCGCUAAAGAAACUCAAUCUGAGUUGUAACAAGCUGAUCACGUUACCGGACGCGAUACACUUGCUGAGCGAUCUCGAGAGUUUGCAGCUGCACGGCAACGCGGACCUGGUGAUGCCUCCGAAGCCGGUGGAAAGGCCGAGGGGAUCUGGUCUCCAAUACUACAAUAUAGACUUCUCACUGCAAACCCAGUUGCAAUUAGCGGGUGCGGCGACCCCCGAACUUUCCGCGCCCUCUUGUGCUAAGUCAGACCCGAUAGCCCGCAAGCUGCGCCUGCGCCGCGGCCGCGCGGAGCCGGAGCAGCACGACUCCGCGCUCAUCCUGCGCGGCAUGCAGGAGCAGGCCAACACGCAGCACGCGCAAGCCGGCGCCGACCUGCCGCAUAGUGAGCUCAAACCUAAGCGCUGGGACGAGAGUUUAGAGAAACCACCACUAGACUACUCAGAAUUCUUCGACGAAGAUACCGGACAGACGCCAGGACUACAGAUAUGGGAAAUAGAGAACUUUAUACCAGCUCCUGUUGAUGAGGUUGCACAUGGCAAAUUCUUUGAAGGAGAUUGCUAUAUCAUCUUAAAGACAUCAAUAGAAGAACAAGGCCAGCUUUCUUGGGAUAUACAUUUUUGGAUCGGAUCUAAGGCUACUCUGGAUAAGGGCGCGUGUGCUGCGAUGCACGCGGUGAACCUGCGCAACCUGCUGGGCGCGCGCCGCACGCAGCGCCACGAGCAGGGCGACGAGGCGCCCGAGUUCCUCGCGCUCUUCCCCACGCCGCCCGUCUACAUCAACGGCAGCAGGACGCCCUCUGGUUUCUUCACUGUCGAUGAUCCGCACUACGUGACGCGGCUGUACCGCGUGCACGGCGCCGGCAGCAGCGUGCACCUGCAGCCCGUGACGGCGGCGGCGCGCGCGCUCGACCCGCGCUACGUGUUCCUGCUCGACGCCGGACUGCGCAUAUAUCUGUGGAACGGCAAAAAAGCAAAGAACACCCUUAAAUCGAAAGCACGUCUGUUCGCGGAGAAAAUAAAUAAAGAGGAGAGAAAAAAUAAAGCUGAACUCAUAACUGAACCACCCGGGAAAGAAUCGAAGAACUUCUUACAAAUAUUGGGGUAUGAGGAAGACACGCCGUUCAUAGCAGAGGAGCACGUGCCGGCCGAGUUCGCGUGGGCGCCGCCGCGGCUGUACCGCGUGGAGCUGGGCAUGGGGUACCUGGAGCUGCCGCAGGCGGGCGGACCGCUGCAGCGCGCCGCGCUCGCCACGCGCAACGUCUACAUACUCGACGCGCACCACGACCUGUUCGUGUGGUUCGGCAAGAAGUCGUCGCGGCUGGUGCGCGCGGCCGCCGUCAAGCUGGCGCAGGAGCUGUUCAACAUGGCGCCGCGCGACGACCACGCGCUCGUCACGCGCCUGCAGGAGGGCACCGAGACACAGGUGUUCAAAACCUACUUCCUGGGAUGGGAGGAGGUGAUCGCGGUGGACUUCACGCGCACGGCCGAGUCCGUGGCGCGCACCGGCGCCGACCUCGCGUCCUGGGCCAAGCAGCAGGAGACUAAAACGGACCUAUCAGCUCUGUUCACUCCGCGCCAGCCGUCCAUGUCGGCGGCCGAGGCCAAGACGCUGGCGGACGAGUGGAACGAGGACCUGGAGGCGAUGGAGGCGUUCGUGCUGGAGGGCCGCCACUUCGUGCGCCUCCCCGACCACGAGCUCGGCAUAUUCCACAGCUGCGACUGCUACGUGUUCCUGUGCAGAUAUGUGCUGCCUGUUGAUGGCGACGAAGACGAGGAGGGUUCGCCAGGCGCGGAAGACGCGGGCGCGGCGGGCGCGGAGGGCGCGGGCGACGAGGGCGAGGGCGCGUCGUGGGUGGUGUACUUCUGGCAGGGGCGGCGCGCGCCCAACAUGGGCUGGCUCACCUUCACCUUCGGGCUGGAGCGCAAGUUCAAGCAGCUGUGCCGGCGCCUGGACGUCGUGCGCACGCACCAGCAGCAGGAGAGCCUCAAGUUCAUGGCGCACUUCAGGAGGCGAUUCGUCAUACGGGACGGCAAACGGAACUUGAAGCCACAGGAGGGAGCGCGCGCGCCGGUGGAGCUGUUCGAGCUGCGCAGCAACGGCUCGGCGCUGUGCACGCGCCUCGUGCAGGUGCGCGCCGACGCCGCCAACCUCAACAGCGCAUUCUGCUACAUACUAAACGUGCCGCUAGAGGGCUCCAAGGAGUCCCCGUCGGGCUCCGCCAUAGUGUACGCGUGGAUCGGCAGCAAGGCCGACGCAGACUCGGCGCGCCUCAUCGAGCAGAUCGCCGACGAGAAGUUUAACAACCCCUGGGUCAGCUUGCAGGUGCUGACAGAAGGCAGUGAACCGGACAAUUUCUUCUGGGUGGCGUUGGGCGGGCGCAAGCCCUACGACGUGGACGCGGACUACCUCAACUACACGCGGCUGUUCCGGUGCUCCAACGAGAAGGGAUACUUCACUGUGUCUGAGAAAUGUACAGAUUUUUGUCAGGACGAUCUAGCAGAUGACGACAUCAUGAUUUUGGACAAUGGCGAGCAAGUUUUCUUAUGGCUUGGUGCUCGUUGUUCGGAGGUUGAAAUUAAACUUGCAUAUAAAUCUGCACAGGUAUACAUCCAACAUAUGAAGACAGUGCAGCCGGACAGGCCGCGGAAACUGUUCCUCACACUGAAGGACAAAGAGUCGCGACGUUUCACCAAGUGCUUCCAUGGCUGGGGAGAUCAUAAGAGACCUCCAGAA